AUGAGUGACAUACUAGGAAAAUCCUUAAAGAACAAUCUGCUUAAAGUGGAGUGCCAUUUUACAUGGAUCGUUUUCUCAGAAGAGUUAGAUAUUGACAAUAUAGAAGACAGGCUUCAUGAUCAAAUUGCAUGUUUGUCUUCUAUACCCAGACAAAGGCUUCAUAAUUUGUUGGCCUAUACAAGAUAUUUGAAAGGAGAAACCCAAGAAGCAAUCAGACAGCUUCAGGAAUCAGAAGAACACCUGCAAGGAACACAGUCUGCUGAUCUGGAUAUCAAAAGAGCUGUGACCUGCAGUAAUUAUGCCUGGCUGUACUACCAUUCAAACCAGUUUAGCAAAGCUCAGUCUUACUUAGAAAGAGUGGAAGCCAUUUAUAAGAAAUAUGAAUCUUCUCCAGAAAAUGAUAUUCUUCUUACUGAGACAUACGGAGAACAGGCCUGGGCUCUGUUAACAUUCUAUGGGAAGAACUGUGAAAGAGCUAAAGAGUGUUUUGAGAAAGCGCUAGUGUUAGAUCCAGACAAUCCUGAGCUCAAUUCAGGAUAUGCCACAGUCAUGUAUCGCUUAGAAAGUCAAGAUUUAAUCAUUUAUGGCACAAGUAAAUAUAAAUCUUUAGAACUUUUGAAACGUGCUGUGGCAUUAAAUGAAAAUGACACUGUGAUUAAGGCUUAUCUUGCCUUGAAAUGUCAACAUUUGGGUGAGAAUGUGGCAGGAGAAAAGAUUAUGGAGGAGGCUCUUACACAAACUCCAGACUCGCCAUAUUUACUUCGAUAUGCUGCCAAAUUUUACAGAUAUGAAGGAAAGAUUGAUGAUGCUAUUACCCUGCUGAAAAAAGCCCUAGAACAAACUCCCACCUCAUGUUUUCUUCACCAUCAGAUUGGGAUUUGUUACAAAAAGAAGAUGGAAAUGUUAAUAAAAUCUCAGAGGACUGUAAGGUCAUCAGAUCAGUCUACCAAUACCUAUACAAGGGAAAUAAAGGAAGCCAUUUCCUCUGCUAUUUUUCAUUUUGAGGAAGCUGUUGAAAAUAAAAGAUUAUUUGUUGAGGCAUAUGUUGAUUUGGGGAGCAUGUAUGGCAGAAAAUGUGAAUUUGAAAAAGCAGAAGAUACAUUUCAAACAGUGCUAAAGCUGAGAAAUCUAACAUGCGAAGACAAGCAACAUAUUCACUUUGGUUAUGCUCUUUUUAAUCAAAAAUCAGUUAGAUCUGAAUCUGAAACUAUAAGGCAUUACAAGGAAGUAUUGCUGAUACCAAAUAAAACAAGGUUUAGAUCUUACUCCAGAAAUAAUUUGAAACAAUUGGCUGAACAAAAAGUAAGCAAACACCCAGCCGAUGCAACUGGCUUUGGACUAUUAGGGUUCAUUAAUCAGCAGGAUGGAAAAGUUACACAAGCAAUUGAUUACUAUGAGAAAGCACUGGAACUGGAUCCAGAUAAUGAGGAUUAUAGGAGUGCAUUGUGUUACAUGAGACUCAGUUUGAGUACAGACUGAAGCUUAAAACACAUUUUAAAUACGCUAAUAAGCUUCCUCCAAACCAUCUUCUGUAGUGUGAAUGUACAGUAAAUAAAGCAUGGUAUUAUUUAGCAGAAAUAUUCAUAGUAUGUAUCGUAGUACAGUAUGUAGGAAGCUUGUCAUCACAUGUUUUCAGUCUAAUUUUGAUGUUAUUUUGUGUCAUGCAAACCUUGUUAGGUGAUAAAAGUAAA